UCUAAAGCAGUGCGCACACAUCCUCCAAAAAGAGAUUAAAAUGGGCUGCUUCACAUUCGUCAAAGUUAUGAUGGUUUUGUUCAACUUGUUAAUCUUGGUGGGGGGUCUAGCGCUGGCGGCGGUGGGAAUUUGGCUGAAUGCUGGUGGAGAUUCCCGCCUACAGAUUUUGGGGAUGUUUUCCUUGAACGUCUUGCACUUUGUCAAUGUUGGCUACUUCUUCGUUGCCUUUGGAGGUGUAAUGGCACUGCUAGGAUUUCUGGGCUGCUGUGGAGCCAAAAAAGAGAGCAAAUGUCUCCUGAUAAUGUUCUUUUCCAUCAUUCUGGUCAUUUUCAUCUCUGAACUGGCAACUGCAGUGGUUAUCCUGGCCUAUUCUUCAUUAUUUGAGAACGUCCUAAAGGCAUGGUCCACACCUGUUCUGAAGGAGCAGUAUGGAAAAGAUAAAGUGGUCACAGACAUGUGGGAUGUGACCAUGAAGAAGCUGCACUGCUGUGGCUUCACCAACUACACAGACUUCAACAAUUCAUAUUAUUAUGAGGAAAAUGGUGACAUAUAUCCUCCCAGCUGCUGUGAAGAUCCUGAAAUCCUCUGUGAUGCGGAGAACGCACUGCAUAGUGACAUAAAGGGCUGUUAUGAACAUCUUACUUUGACCAUAAAAAAGAAAGCCUACAUUGUUGGAGGAGUAGCUGCAGGGGUCUGUGGAGUUGAGCUGGCAGCGAUGGCUGUGUCCAUGUACCUGUACUGUUAUCUGGACAAACAAGGCACUUAGGAGACCCAUGCAUGUUCUGACUUGUAUGUUCUAUGACAACUGUUGUUAUAUAACUGCUCAUGAAAGUUCAUGUACAGCCAAUGAAUAUCAUAAGCCAGAAUCUUUCUAUAGACAUGCACCUAAAUUAGAGACCAGAGAUUUUACAGGUUUUAAAGAAAAUGCUGAAAAUCAACAUGCAUAUAUGUGUAUGUAAUAUGCAAAACGGAUUGAAUGAGGAAAUAAGUAGACAACAUUGUCCUAAAAAUUUAGUUGCACUUACUGCUAGUAUAGCCAACAAAACAUUGUGGAAUUAAUUACUUCAUAAACUUUCAGAAGCUUUCUGAGAGCAGCAAAUUAUGUUUGCACCGACAACAAUGUGCCACAUUA